AUGGUGUCGAAGCCAUCCCCUGUGUGUCCACUAUCUCGCGCGACUCAGUUCAAAACGGCUCUUCGGUAUAUGCAUGAUGAGGGUUCUUCACUCUCGAGGGCUGGGGAGGCGUUUAGUGUUUCCAAGACUUCUCUCCAUCGCCGUGCUACAGGCGUCGUGGAGGUGGUUCUGCUGCGGUCGAAACACGGCGUUUGUAUGACGGACAACGAGAUUCGCAUCUUAGCGAGACGUGUAGCUAUUGAGAAACACGGAACGAUUCCAGACUCGUUUCCUUCGAAGAAGUGGUCUCUUCGCUUUGUCAAGCGCCAUGGUGCUGUGAUCAGUCGAAAACGCUGUCAAAUUCUUAAUGCCAAGCGUAAUGACAUCUCAACUGAGAAGCAUUUGCGUGACUGCCACGCCAACCUGCAAGAUGCAAUGCAAGGGCAGCUUCCUGGACAGGUUUGGAACUGUGAUUAG